AUGAAGAAGCUUAUAUCACUUUUCAAGAAUGUUCAUUCUCGCCAAUGCCAAGUAAACUGGUCUGUGGAAGUACGUUUCCUGCAACAAGAUUCUGUGUCUAAACGCAAGAAAUAUAAGUAUCCACCAGUUUAUGAUCCGUAUGGUCCUAGACCUCAGCCUUCAAGCAAGAUCAUGGAUCUAGCUGAGCUUAUAGCUGCAUUAUCUCCACAAGAGCGAAAACAAAUCAGUCCUGGGCUCAAUGAACACCUCAGGCUUCCAAAGCAACAGAUGAUUUCAACACAAGUCAUGAGUAUGGGAACGAAACAAGAACUGGGACGGGAAAAACAGAGGAGAAGAAGGAGAAGACGUCUUUCAAAGUGA